AUGUCCGCCCCUGGACUCUCCGACUUGCGCAAGCUAUCCGAUAUAAUCAGCCAAGCGGUCGAUCAAAUAGAGGGAACUCUGUCUGCUCGCUCACUCGACUUCCCUCCUCUCAAUUCCGUCUACGAAGAAGAAGAAGAGCGAGUUCGCACUCUGCCCGAAGUCGCAAACGCCAUCAUUGCCAUCGUGGCAGCUGCCGAGCAGCUCGCAAUGGUAGCAAGACCACCAGGUCCUACCAUGCUUGACAUGUCUUUUAAGGUCCAUGUGUGUGCCGCUUUAAGGGUGGCUAUGGAGGGUGACGUAGCAGAGUACUUGAGAGAGCACGGUCCCUCUAAUAUCACAUCCAUUGCUAAGCAAAGGAACCUCGACCCUUCCAAACUCGGGCGCAUUCUCCGCACACUCGCGACGCACCAUGUCUUCACAGAAGCGUCUCCAGAUGUGUUCACUAACAACAGACUCUCGAGCACCCUCGAUACAGGCCGUUCCUGCGAGCAACUCGCCGCCGACCCAUCAGCCAAGCUUGUCGGAUUCCCAGCGAUCAUGGGUUUCAUGCUCGACACAUCAUUCAAAGGGAGUGCUUAUAUGCCCGACGUGGUGUUGGACCCUGCUACAUCGCACUCGACAAACCCGGACGACUCUGCGUUUAGUAGGGCCUUCAACUUCAACGGAAGGUUCUGGGAUCUUCUCGAGCUCCCCGGGAACGAACGCCAAAGGGAAAGAUUUGGCGCCGCGAUGCUCGGCAUUGGCGCACUCGCACAUCCAGAUUCGAUCCUUGAAGUCUUUGACUGGUCCUCGUUACCUACUGGAAGUGUAGUAGUCGAUGUAGGAGGUGGAAUCGGGACUCAGAUGGUCCACCUUGCCCGGAAGUUUGAUCACCUGACGUUGGUCUCGCAAGACAGAAAAGCUGUGUGCAUCGACGCGUCAAAGUAUGUGAUGCAGGAGCUCCCGUCAGCUGUGCAGGCGAAUCGACUACAAAUUCAAGCACACGACUUCUUCGAGCCUCAGCCCGUCAAGAAUGCGUCAGUGUUCUACCUUAGGCAGAUCUGUCAUAACUGGCCCGAUGCCUUGGCCGUGAAGAUUCUACAGCGACUUCGAGACGUCGCACAGCCGGAUACGCGACUUGUCUUGCAUGAUUCCAUCAUGCAGCACGUAUGCGCCGAGGAGGGGGUAGACGCUGUCUUCAGCGAACUCUCUUCUGCGCCUCCGGAACCGCUUCUUGGAAACUGGGGGCGCGCCAACUCGGAGAUGUAUGUCAUGGACAUGCUAAUGAUGGCUGAGUGCCACUCCCAAGAGCGUACGUUGCCGCAUUUCCGUGCUCUGCUCGCGAAAGGUGGGUGGAAGAUCGCCAGGGUCAACUAUGGCAGUCGGCCGAUGGCUAUCACGAAUAACUCCAUGAUUGCGAUACCCGAUAUCCCGUAG